CAUGUUUGUUUGUUUACCAUCAAGUACCACAACAAACAGAGUUUUUCGAUCCCUAAAUUAAACGGAAUUCAUGACAUAAUAAUAGAAGUUGUGUUGAUAUGACCUAGUUAAACAGUCUCCUUAAGACUUCUAGUGUCAUUUAUUUCAUUCUUAUGUUUCUGUGUAUAUUUUGCAGUUCAGAAUUUAUCCUUCGAAAUUUUUUGUGUAGUUUGCUUAUGUUAUCGACAUUUUAUCAGUGAUAAUGACUGAGUCCAAUGUACUUAACGAUUUGAAGUCAUUCCGGUCGAAACUUUUUGAAAUCGAUUUAGAUGAACCGUGCUCGCAAGCAGACCUGAAAGGAAUUCUCGAUGAGUAUCUUGAUCACCAUUUUGAAGUGUUCUGUGAGGAAUAUCUGAUUGCCGGCUUCGACGUAACUUUAUUGAAUGACAAGACGAGAGCAAAAGUAACACAGCUUACUCCAGAUGGUGUCAUACCAUCCAUUCGAAAUCGCGAUGUUACAUAUUGGGAACACGAUAGACUUUUGUUUAGUCUAAUGUUCGACAAUGAGGACGUUUUUGUGGAAGCCUUGCAAAUGAUUGCUGAGCAAAAGAAUGAAGAACUGGCACAAUUCCACGUCGAUUCCUCGAGUGAUGACAGUGAUAAGGAGGACGGUGACAUUGAAACAUUGGAUGCUUGGCGUGAUGUGUCACUCAUACGCAUUGCAACAUUAAGAGAUUUGAAUUUGGCUACCGAAGCGUUGGGUGCUCUAAAUGAGGAGUUCAAUAGGUCGGCCAUCCAUUCAAUCUAUCGAUUUGGCCGGUGGCAAUGUUUAAAGAAGUUACUGGAAAAGCGAAAAUCGAUGUCAUGGAAGCCAGUUAGGCUGGCCGAUUUUACAACGUUCUUGAUGCAGGCGCAGACCAUCGAUAGCGAUUGUAGAGAUACUGAAGACGGAAAAGUUGCUUUCGGCAAGUGUGUAGACUUACUGUUAAAUUAUGCCAACUAUGGUGUCAAUGAGCAGAACGAGGACGACUACUCAGCACUGCAUUUAGCCGUUCAAUAUAGUAAAACAACAGUGGUGCACGACCUAUUGAAAAAUGGUGCUUUCAUUGGCAUGCAAGAUUGUACGAAUCGGCCAGCCAUAUCCCAUGUUGACCCGAAAGCACUCAAAUCUCAUUUUGAUCGAUGCAUCUCGGGCGAGGAUAUGAUUGUCCUCAAUUUCGAAAAUUUGAUUUCACCAUCCGAUGACUAUCCGAACGAUAUGGAGGCUAUUAGAUUUAUGUCGAAAUCAUACGAAUUGCGACAUUUGCUGGAACAUCCAUUGAUCGCCUGUUUUUUGUUUCUUAAAUGGCAACGCCUUGCACUCCUCUUAUAUACGGACUGUUUAUGUUAUUUUAUGCUGUCAUUGAUAACGGGAUGCGUUUCGAUGUACUACAUUAUGAGUCCGGCUGCACACACUGGAAAAAUGUGUUUUCUGACACUGAUUUUCUCCACCUACACGGCCUCACGACGUCUACUGCAAAUAAUCUUUUGCUCGCCGGACUAUCGGAAAAGUCAAGACAAUUACGCGAACAGUUUUCUGACUUUUAUCACCAUUCUGUCCUUGGUACUUUUUGUGGUCGCGGUGCCUAUGGAAUUUCACACACCUACAAUGGCUGCAAUAAGCAUUGUCCUGAUCACAUACGAAUUUUUUAACUUAUCGGGGACAUUUUGGCACUUUUCAAUCUAUUCGGAAAUGCUCAUAGCAGUUACAAAAAGUUCCAUCAAGAGCUUGCAGCUUUAUGCGAUUUUUCUACCAGCUUUCUCGCUACUCUUCUACAUUUUGUUAAGAGAUCCAGAUGAUGACCGAGAUCCACCGGAUUUCAACAAGUUCCCUAGUCUAGGUAUGUCUAUGAUAAAGACCGUCGUAAUGUCAGCCGGUGAGUUUGAUGUGGCCAAUGUUGAUUUCGAUUCGAACACAUUUGGAGCGUAUGUAUUCGUCGGAUUCAUUUUCUUGAUAUCGACGGUAUUUAUGAAUUUGCUCAACGGUUUGGCGGUAAGCGACACACAGAAGAUUCAAGCUAAAGCUGAACUGACGAGUUUCAUACGACGUUGUCAAGUUCUCGCUCGAUACGAAGAAGUUUUGUCACGGAAGCAGCACUGGUUCCGAAGUAAAUAUCGUCGAGUCUGGAGAUUGUGCAAAUAUUUCACUCACAUCAACACUUUCGUCUACGACGGCAAGAAGAUCUUCAUCGACCUUGAAGACUCGUACAUGGUAUAUGCAGAACAGGAGGUGCCACCGAAUUUUGUUUGUCUGAGAGUACCAUUGCGUAGCUGGGCCAGAUGUAGAAUCGCACGGAUGAGUAAGAAAAUUGUGCACGCUGCUCUUCGAAUUCGGGAUCGAAACGAAAUGAAAAAACACCGGAAGAUAACCGAUGAUGAACACGAAAGAGAACAAUUGGCCAAGCGGAUAGACGCUAUAGAGAGUACUUUAAAAACAAUGGAAGAAACUUUAAAGUUGAUUAACGAUAAAUUAAGUGAAAGAUAACGGGAAGUCAAGGUUCAGGUAUGUACGUUUUAAGAAAAUUCUUUUAUCUUUGUAAGAAAAAUGUAAAUAAAAGUGUUGACAAUAUAUUA